AGAAAAGGCGGCAUCUCAAGGGAUGCACUUCAUCACGCAUGCUCGGAACGGCCGCCCAUCUAAAUCAGACGGAGUUGCUGUGUCCCUGUUAUUAGGAGUCUGAAGUUGAGUACAACGACAGCAAAGGUAUGUAACGGCAGGUAGUCGUCGUCGCUCAUAGUUUGUCCCAGACAUUUUGCGUCGAAGCAUGAAAAACCAAACAACUCCAGGGACCCCGGAGGACGGGCCGGCCAGCAGUCUCCUUGAACGGCAGAUUUUGAGUGUGUUCCUGGCCCUGAUCUUGGUUCUAGGCACAGUUGGCAACAUGAUCGUUAUACUUGCGGUAAUUCUGUCGCACAAGCUCCGUACCAAGACGAAUCUGUUCGUGGUCAACCUAAGCAUUGCCGACUUUCUGACUAGCGUUCACCUCGUCUGGAUCAUCGUGGCCUUCCUGAGCGAGGACGGCUGGCCGUUACCGGACGGUCUCUGCGUGUGGUGUGGGUUCGUCCUGAUCACUUGCAUCGGCGCAAGCGUCUAUACCUUAGCCUGCAUCGCAAUCAAUCGUCUCGUUUUGAUCCGUUACGGCCCGGCAGCAUAUCGAGUUCUAUGCCGACCAGUGAUAAUAGCUGCUAUGCUGGCAACUAUCUGGGCGAUACCGCUGUGCAUGGCCUCAAUACCCAUCGUCUCAGACUUCGGGGAGCUGGGUUACAGUAGCAGAUUCAGGACUUGCAUAAAAAACCACGCCCACCAGUAUGCUAAGCAAUACGACAUUCUCUUGUCCCUUACUUACUACCCCGUCUCGACGGCAGUGAUUAUUAUCAGUUACUUUAAAGUAUUUCUUUACUUACGUUCCCGCGUCAAGAAACUCGCACCUGGUGUGGCCGAAGCCACGGUAUCCUCGGUCGUACAAGAGAGUGAUCUCCGAAGCCGGCCUGCCCAGCAGGACGCUCGGCCAAAGCUCCGCGAGAGACUGGACAAACGGCAGGUGCAGGUCACCAAAAACAUGUUUUACGUCGUCUGUCUCUUCUUUCUGUGCACCACGCCGUACGGACUAGCCCUCCUGUGCAACCACCUGAUUUGCCUGCGUCUGACUUCAUACGCAGCUGUUGUGCUCUCUCUGAACAGUUGCAUAAAUCCCGUCGUCUACGCCACCAAACAUCCCGACUUUAAGAAGGUGAUUCAGUGUAUUUUGCUCUGCCGGCCGAGGAAGAUCCCUCAGCGAAUUAAAUUUUGUGGUGAUACCUAGCACAGCACAUGUAUUUUGUGAAGAACGUACAGUCCAAAGUGCCGCCGAGCCUCGUCAACUCUUUCCAAUUAUCAAUCAAGUAGACUGUAACUGAUGGGUCUAUAUAAGUUGACAAUUAUCCAGCCCAGCGACCUGUCAAAUGCAUAUCAGUCACCUUUACAGACCGUAGCUGUUGACACAAACACAAUUUCACUUAACAAUGCACAACUAUCAGCAAUUCUUAAUGAACGACCGCAUUCGUACUUAAAUUUUGAACCACACUCCUCAAAAUUAGUUCCGAAGUUAAAUUCUAUGACCUGAAUUCUGUGUUGUUUGCUUCGAAGUGAACAUAGCAUCCAAGAUGUUUGGCACAGCUUAAUUGAAUAGGAAUUCUUUUUUUGAUUUUUGUGGAAUCUCCGAAAGAGCAUUCGAAGUUGAUAUUCUUUUGAAAAAGGAAAACAUCAUUGAGUGCCAAUGUAGCCAAAAGCUAACUUUGUUUAAAAUCGAAAUUGAUAAUUGUGCCUUCUAAUUACAACGUGUGCCUUAUUUUGAAACAAACCUGAAAAAGGAUGAUUGUCCGUGUUAAAGUGCUCACUUUACCGUUCAAAUCUAGUUUAUUGAGAAGAAAAAAUUCUUAAUUCGGGCAUUAUCGACAAAAUUUAUUGCUACCGGUUUAUGACUAGACCCCACGAAAUGAGAUGUAGCCUAACGCCUUUCCCCCAGUAAUUUUGGUUUAGUUUGCAUUACACGUAAAAAGAGCAAAGGUGUACUCAUUGUUUUAAUCAACCACUAUGGCAUCAUAAUGAAAAUGGAUGUCAUGAAUAAUGGGCAGGGCUCCCAUUGCAAUACCACUUUAAAGGUCUUUAACUCAAAAGUGGCUCUGGCGACUUGCAAAUGGUGUCGUUAGGUUAGAUCCCAUUAAUCUUGGUAAAGGAAAUAUCCGUUGACCUUUACUGCAACAGUUAACAUUACGAACUUUUUAAGGGCCAAUGAGCGCCAAAGAUUGUUCCAGUCAACCGUAGGGAGCAAGGUUGUCGAGGCUUAGUCAGAGCACGAGGUCAGGAGCACUGAAGUGGUUAUCCUUCUAGUUAUUAUCGGUGAUGUAAUUAAGGAGGAAGUGGCAUUGGGGCCAUGGGCCCCCACUCGAGGUGUGUGCCCCGUGUGCCCCCCGAUGAGAAAUUAGAGAAGGAAAAAAGAACUAAGUGCCCCCUUCAGAAAAGAGGGCCCCGAAAAGUGCCUUCUUGCCAAAUGCUCCCACACUGUUAUUGUUAAUCAAUAAAAAUAUGCUGUCCUACAGUAACGUUUCAAUUGAAUUUAUCACUAUUUAAUUGCUGUGGCCAACCCCGAAAUCGAUGCACAUUAUUUUGACUUGAUGCAGAGCAGCCUUGGUUAAGUAUCUGCGAGACAGGAACACGUCAGACUUUGUCUAACACUAAGCAUAAUUAAAAUGUCAGUAGUGUGUGUGUGUAUACCCGCGUCGUUGAGUGCAGCCUUCCGAAUACGACCUGACAUUAAACAUCACAUUGCUUCCAUAAACACGACAUAAAUUGCCUUUGCCAGGAAACGAUAUCUUUGUUAAGUGUACUACUUAAACUUUGUUGUGGUAAAAAACAGUUUGCGGUUUCCCUCUGUACAUUCACACAGCCCCUGCCUGAAUGUACCGAUUGACAUAGGCCUACGCGUAUUUAGAUUCUAUGUGAAUGAACAGACAAUUUUGAACAGCGCGGUUACGCUGAUUACUUUGAUUAACACCUGACAUGAUUCUAUAUAUAUGUCGUCAGUUUAGGGAGCAGCGCCCGUUUUUGGAUUCCUACCACACAUAGUGAUCCCCAUUCGACUUUUCAUGUGUUAAGGUUUCGAAGUUAGAGUAAAGCUUCGGCUGUUCGUUAUCUGUGUAACUGGCACCGCCUUCAGUCCAAAAAAGGUCCUAGAAAGUUUACCAACGUGUUCCUUCUUUUCGAUGAAACUCCAAACAACAUUUUUGUUUCCUUUAAAUAUAAGAGAUGAAAAAACGUUUAAUCACAAAGUGAAAUUUCCUUCAAGAUUUGUGAAAAGAUUUUAUAUAUAGAGAAAGGAAAUGCAUGUAACUAAUAUAAGUAAUAAUCGUCUAUGGUUGAUGAAUGGCUAGGCAGGUACACCAAAGCCGCAGUUUUCAGAAUAAACUAACCUUUUGCAGCCCUUAUACAACUAGCACAUGAUGAACUUUCUCUCGU